AUGAAGGGACUUAGCCUCUCCUCUUUGCCAAAAGUGCAAAUUAUUUUGCUGCAGAAAUCCCCUACUGCAACAUCAGCGAAGCCGGCACUCUCCCGCCCCAGCACACAGACUCACACAUAUGCGAGUGCGGCAACGACCCGCUCGCUGCAGAAUCCAGGCGGCGAGACCGCAGCCACAUCAGUCGCAAGCUCUAAGAGCGGUUCCACUCGCUCCGAGUGCUCGGCACGCUUGGAGCCGCGAGAAUCACCUCACGCGAGUCUCACAGCGUGCACACAGAGCCGCAAUAGAAUAGGCACCAGAGCAGCCUGGUCGCUCUCAUUCAAAAGCGAAUGGGCUGCUGAGAGGAGUGUGUGUAGCGUGAGAUCCCGAUCCCUGUUGGGGCUGCCUGCCUCAUGGCUGAUGGUCCCGUCAGGAGGGAGUUCGGCCCCCAACCCCAGAAUUCUUAAGACACAAAAUAUAGGUGGUGAGACUGGAGCCUCGAUUAGAAAUAAAGAUGCUGAUUUGGAAAUGGAGACUGCCCAAACUCUGAUUAAAGACCUUGUGCAUUUCUCCUCCCAACACAAUGUUGCCACAACCAAGAUAGCUGUUGAGGCUAGUGAAUUUUAUAUGCCUUCAGAUAGGGCUGGAGCAAUACCUAAAGUGUCUGGCAAGAGGCAGGCAGACCUAAUUACAUGGGUGGCCCCCACUUUGUAA